AUGACUUUAACAAAGCUCAACUUCAUCACUGGUAACAAGAACAAGCUUUCCGAAGUGCGGGCCAUCCUCGGAAAUGUCAUCGAAGUCGACAGCCAAGCCGUAGAAGUCCCCGAGAUCCAAGGGACCAUCGAGGAGAUCGCCAAGGAGAAGGCCCGUCGCGCCUCGGAAGCAAUCAAUGGUCCAGCCUUGACUGAAGAUACGGCCUUGGAGUUCCACGCCCUCAAGGGCCUACCGGGACCAUACAUUAAACCCUUCUUGGAGUCCGUGGGUAAUGAAGGAUUAAACAAGAUGCUUGAUGGGUUCGAGGACCGGACUGCUGAAGCCGUGUGCACCUUUGCCUUUUGCCGAGCCCCCGGUACCGAACCUCUUAUUUUCCAAGGCCGGACUCAGGGGACUAUUGUGCGGCCUCGAGGGCCGACCGACUUUGGUUGGGAUCCCAUCUUCGAGUACGAAGGCAAGACAUACGCUGAGAUGGAUAAAGAGGCCAAGAACGUGAUUUCCCACCGGUACAAGGCACUGGUGAAGCUUCAACAGUGGCUGGCAGAGGGCCAGCAGUGA